AUGAAUCAACCAUCGUAUACACUGAAGUCACUUAGUUCAAAUCCAGGAUUACCAGGUAUAGUGGGCUCUUCAAACCCAUCGAGUCGUAGAGCGCAUUCAUAUGAUAUGAAUUUAGAGAAACAAGGCUUAGUUGAUUAUAACAGCCUUCUAGCUGCAGCCGGUGUUGGUGGUGCAAAUCCAUCAAUCUAUGGUUAUUCAACUAAUCCAUUACUAGAGUACAGUGGCAAUUUAGGCAUGCCAACAUUCUCCACAUUUGCUGGAUUAGAUUAUGGUGCAUUACAAAGACCCGCAGUUUACCCAGCCUUGACACCACAAGGACAACCAGGAUUACCAACUGGAUUAAUUGCUCACAAUCCAACUACAGAUGUUGCUACACUACAAAGAGAAUGUGUACGAUUACAGCAAGAAUUACAUGUAACUAGGGAGAAGUUGAACGCUUGCACGAUUAGUAUACGUACUUUCUGGAGUCCAGAGUUGAAACGAGAAAGAGCAAUGCGUAAAGAAGAGAAUGCUAAGUACGCUAUAUUAGCUGAUCAUUUGCAUCAGUUGCAACUGGAAAAGCAAACAAUGCUGGAAACGCUGCAUAAUAUGGAGUCAGAUCUACGUCAGGAACGCGAUAAACGUAAUCGAAGUCGUUUUGCAGGCACUGGCGACUCUGAUGGCUUAAAUGAACUAGACUUAGCUAAACGUCAAAUAGAUGAACUGACACUAGAGAAUCGUCAGCUUAAAAAGUCCAUGGAAGAUGCUGAUAGACGUACUGCGAACCUAAAGGCUAGUUUGAAUGCUACAGAAGACAGUCUACGUCGACUAGUUGAUGCUGUAAAAGCAGGUAAAUCUUCAAGUGUCAGUGGUGAGACUGGGACAGCUGCAACUGUAACUGGAGGUGGAGAUAGUUUAGCACAAACUGGAGAUCAAACUUCCAUACCUACCAUUAAUUUAGAUCGCAUUGAAGCAGAUAGAAUAGAGAUCUCUCGUUUAAGAAAUCAGCUGAAUGAGGCUACCUCUAGAAGAAGUGAAGCAGAACGUCAGUUGUUGGAAAGAAAUUUUGAACUAUCUCGAUUAAAAGAGGAUUUUGAUGGCCUGUUGCAAGAGCAUAGACAACUUAGACAAGAGUGUGAAACUCUGAGACAUGAUACACGACAAACUCAAACUUUGCAAUCUUUGGUUGAUACAAAAGAAUCGAAAAUUUUAACACUAGAAAAUGAAAUACGCCUUUUGGAGGAUGAAAUCACUCGUCUUCGUGAUGAUGGUCUCAUUACACCGAAUACAUCAACUAGCAGUGGAAUAGAUGAUUUGGAUAAAACUUUACAAGUUUUUCGAAGUAAUGAACGCAUAUUAAAAUCAAAGAUUGAAAUGUUAAACAGUGAGAUAUCAAAACGUGAAUGCGAACUGUACACUCUACAGUCACGUUUAGAGAUGGUCGAUAAACAACAACAGGAUCAAACUCAUCAUAUCAAUGUGCUGAAAGAGCAAGUGAACACACGGGAACACAAAAUCUCCAUGUUGACAGCAGAUGCUGAAGAUUUUCGUAAAAGAAUCAAAGAGAAAGAGAGUCUUCUUGAAAAGAAAACAAAAGCAUUAAACACAGCACAAUCAGCAAAACGUCAAACUGAACACGAAUUAACUGAACUCAAAGAUCAAAUGGAUAUGAAGGAUAGGAAGAUAUCAUUAUUACAAAGAAAGAUUGAGAAUGUAGAAGACCUACUGAAUGACAAAGAGACACAAUUAGCAACAGCACAAGCUCGCCUCACUCGCAUAAGUACAGAACGUGUCAGUACAGAUGGCAGUCGUAUUGGAUGGGAGGAAACACUAAAGGAUAAAGAUCGUCAGAUUGAACGUUUGAUAGAAGCUCGACAAAGAAGUGAGUCAGAAAUUGCUGAGGAACUAGAAACACAGAAACGUUUGAAUAAUGAUUUAAGAAAUCGUUUAGACUCUUUACAAAAAGAAUUGGAUGAAAAGGCAACACAACUGUUAGAAAUACGUGAUGAAACAAGCGAUUAUCGUACAGCACGUUUUAAAAUGGAAGCUGAAAUUAGUCAACUGCAAACUCAUUUGAGUCAACGGAAUUCAGAGGUGACUACACUGCAAAUGGAGAAACAACUUCUUCAGAAACAGAUAACCACUGAAUCAGACAUGAAGUUCAUACAGCGAACAGCAGAAUUAGAAGGUCAAUUGAAUCACUACAUAGAAACUUCAUCUAAACUUCAAGCAGAAGUUGAUCGUCUACUUCGAACAAUUGACACUGAGAAAUUUGAUAAAGAAAAUCAGCUACAUGAAUUAAAGGAAGAACUUCGUGAAGCACAAAAUAAUUUGAAUAGUUUAAAACGAAAUCAGCAAACAGAACGGAAAAAAUUGACUCAACAGCUUGAGGAAUCAAGGCAAAGAGAAGAAAAUGCUCAGUCGGAUACUGAGAUCCUGAAGAGUAUCAUGUCAGAAAAAGAUGGCAGAAUUCGUGAACUUGAACAGGCCCUACGAGAAAGUGUACGCUUAACAGCGGAGCGCGAAAUUUACGCCUCUGGACGGGAUGAUGAAACGAGACACUUAGAACAACAGGUGCGGGACUUAAGAAGUAAUCUGGAACACUUCCAACGUGAAAGGAAUAAUCUUUCAGCUCAGUUGGCUUCAGCUCAAGAGGAAUUAAGUGAUCGUGAAAAUCAGUUGAAAACUCUUGAACAGGAAUGUUUCCGGAACUAUUUGCCUGAACUUGAAAAAUUGCGACGCUCUAAUCAUGAAGCUAAUUUGCGUGUGGCAGCCAUGACUAAACUAUCACAAGGACGUGAACACACGUUGACUGAUCAGGAUCGGGCUGUCUUAUCAACGAUUCCACUCUUCCCGAAUGUGUUACCCCAUGGUAGUUGGUCUGGAAUGUCUGGUGGUUUAGAAAAUAUUGGUUCUUCUUCAGUUCCUGGAAGGUCUGGAUACUUAGCUCCAUAUCAUACUGGCACUGGUGGUUCUUUAUCACCACAUUUAGCUGGAAGUGCAUUCCAGCUAAUAGGGAAUGCUUCGUCUGGUUUAGGUGCAUUUGGUGGUAGAGCUUCAGUACCAGGUCAACCUUUGGCUAGCCCAGAUGUCGUUAUGUUAAACAAACUGCUACAAGAAAAGGAAAACAUGCUUCAACAACAUUUACAAGAAUUAACUCGACUGCGAUUCCAAAACUCAGAACUUGAGAUCCGUUUGAAAGCUACACAAAGAGAGUUAGACACGAAAGCUACUAGACUGAAUGUUCUUGAAGCCGCUCAGUAUACAUCAUCCACUGGGUUGCAUGAUUUGGGCACACGAUCACCGUCGAGUAAUCAGUUAUCCAAAGAAUUGGCACAGUUACGCAAAACGAAUCAAGAGCUGAGUGUGAAAUUCAACCAGUUACAAAUGGAAUUGGAUGAACGGGCACAUGGUGGCGAGUCAGUUACUGCUUCUGCUUACGAUCGACUGAAGUCAUCAACAGGAUUUCAUACAUCAGAUUUUACAGAAAUGGCUACUCUCAGACGAGAACUUGCUUCAGCUAAAGCGGAACGUGAAGUAGAGGUUGCCAGUUUAAGCAGUCAGAUGGAGUUAAUCAAACGAGAAAGAGAUGACUUAAACGAAAAAUUAGGUGAAAGUAAAUCUAAUCUUACUGAGAAGAUUAAUCAACUGAGAACAAUAGAAGCAGAGAAAGACAAAUUAAUCUUGGAGAAGGAUGGUCUGCAGAAGAAGUAUGAAUCAGUUUUAAACCAGCUAAGCGAGAAGACUGAAAAACUCAGACAACUGGAACAGGAUUGUGCGAAAUCGCAUAUUGAAGAAAUAAAACGACAAAAAGCUGAUCUUGAUGAUUUUAAACAUCAUGUUGGUUACCUACAGAAUACAAUUAAAGAACGUGAAACUCGUAUUGAGUCCAUUGAAAAAGAUUCCUUUAAACUUCGAGAUGAACUAAUGAAUGUGCGUAAACAAUUGGCAACAGCUGAGGCUGAAGUGAAAAGUUUACGUGAUGAUGCAGUUUAUCGAGAAGAAAGAAUUAGACAAAUGCAAAGUCAAUAUACGGAAGAAAUUACUCGACUACGCAGUACUAAUCAAGAACAAGUGACACAUAUUGGACAUUUGGAAAUGAAAUUAGACGAAAAAGGACAUCAAAUAAAAAGUCAAACAAGUGAAAUUCGUUGUCAAGCCGAUGAAAUUACCCGCCUACAGUCUACUAUAGAAGAAACAAAUAAUCGACUAUCUAUUGGUCAAAAACGUGCAGAAGAACGUGAAACAAGGCUAAGAAAACUUGAAAAUGAAAAUCAUGAUCUGUUGGAUGAGAUUCAUGGUUUACGCAAAGGCAACACGGAAUUGGAAAGUCAAGUAGACACUUUAAGACAACGUUUACUAGAUCGACAAGACUCAACAGAACCUGUCAUCUCUUUAUCAACUGCACUUCCGCUAACAUCUUCAAGAAUGUAUCAGCCAAGUACUGGAAUAUCCACAGCUUCAAGUCAAGAAUUAGAAAAAUUGCGUAAACAGUAUACAGAAAUAAAGGCAUCCUAUAAACAAACACAAAAAUCACUUGAAGAAGCUCAGAUACAAUAUGACCAACUGCAAAUUCAGCGUAACAAUUUACAAGCACAACUUGAACAAGAAACGGAGAAACGACAAAAACUGGAAGAAAAACUUCGAAGUAAAGAAGAAGAUUUAAAAGUACAAGUCUCAGAUUUGCGCAGUUCAACUCAGUCUACUAAUUUAACAUUAAAAAUAGAUGAACUUCAGAAAGAAUUGGAGCGUAAAGAAGCACAGAUUAUAUGCUUAAAUAAACAAUUAGAUCGUCAGUAUGGAUCAUCAGUUACACCAGAUGUACAUCGAACAGAUACAACUAAUCAACAGUUAUUAAUUGCUGAUCUACAAGUUCGUCUACGUCAGGCAAUUGAAGAUCGAGAUAUUGCACGUGAACAGUUGACAACAAAUUUAGCCAGAGUUGAAACUUCUACACUAGAUAUGCAACAGCAGUAUAUGAUAGAUAAACAAAGCUUACAACAACAAAUUACAAAUCUUACACAAUCUGUACAAAACGCUACUAGUGAAUCAGAACGUUAUCAGAGAGAAUUUAAACAAGCCAGUUCACGAGUUCAACAACUUAGUCGUCAAUUACAAGAAACACAGUCUAACUGUGAUUCAAUUGCACGUCAACGGGAUAAUUUAAGAGAUCAAGUGGAUCAGUUAAAGCGAAGUAUGGGACGUACAACAUCAGCCACAGUAGGUAGUAUUUUUGGAAUGGGUAGUUCAACUGGUGGAAUGCGUCCUGCAUCAGCUGGUCCAGGAAGCUAUGAAAGUGUCCCACUAUAUGGAUCAACUGCAGGAACAACUCAUUUAUCUAGAGAAAUGGAUAGAUUACACAGGGAAUGUGAAACUUUACAAAACCAGUUUAAAAUAAGUCAAGAAUCAGAACAAGAAGCUCGUAAUCAAGUGGAAAAAUUACAAAGUGAAGUAAGUAAACUAACAAACGAUACUCAACAACUUCAAGAAAAACUGAAAGAAAUGGAAACACAAAAAGCUGAACGUGAUAAUGAAUUGACAAAAACUCAACGUGAACUUCAAACACAGACAGAUGAGGCAAAAGACAAACUGACGCAUACACAACAGUUAUUAAUUGAGAAGACAAAUCAGCUUGAAAACGCUGUGAAUCAGUUGAAUAAUGUUCGACAGUAUUGUUCAGAGCUUGAACAACGUGUAGGUGAAAUGUCACAACGAUUAAAUAUGGCUGAAUCACAUACUCAAUUACAAGCAGAUGAAUUGAAACGGUGUCAUCAACUUGAAGUAGAAUGCAAUCAGUUACAUAGUGAAAUGAAGUCUAAGGAGAGUGAAAUACAACACCUAAAACUUCAAUUAGAUCAACUAAAUAGAGAAUAUCAGAAUCAAGAAAGAAGAAUGGAACAAAUGACAAUUGAAUUAAGUACAGCCCAAGCAAAUUCAAGUCAAAUGAAACAAGAAAUACAAAAAUUCAAGGAACUCACGAAAGAGCUUGAAACACAAAUUACUUUGACAAGUCAAAAGGUAAAAGAACCAGAAAGGGAAACAUUAGAUGUUUUACGUGCUGAACUUAAGGAUGCUGAUACAAUUAAACAGAGACUGCAAGAGCAGUUAAAUGCGUUACAAGAAGAUCUUGGUAAUACACGUCAAGAGUUGGAUGAAAAAUCAAGAGCUUUAGAUAUGCUUGAAAAUACUCAUCUUCGAAAUCAGUCUGAAGAAAUUGCCAAUUUACAAAAGGAGUUAAGUAGUGCGCGUAUGCAAAUUGAAGAGCUCGGCGGCCCAAUUGAACUAGGUUCAAAGUCAAGAGGAUCGCCUUUGAAAGUGGAAAUUGACGCCUUAAAAAGAGAAAUAAGUAGACGUGAUGAUAUACUUAACCGUAUGGAAAAAGAAUGUCAAGAAAAGCACCUGCAUCGAAUUGAAGCUAUGCAAUCACAGCUGCGUCGUUUCGAAGAAGAAACUGCCAACAUGAAUCAAGUAUUAGAUGAACAAAGAGUUGGCUUGGAGGAAAGAGAUCGUGUUAUACGCCAAUUACGAUCUGAUCAAACUCAAGGAUCACUGAUUGAACUUGAGAAAUUGAAAGCUGAACACAGUGUUUGUAAAGAUAAAAUUGAACAGUUGAACAGACGUAUUACCACGUUGAAUAAACAAGUUGAAGAUCAAUCUGAUGAAAUUUUAGCAAUCAAAUUGGAGUCUCUUACUGCCUCCUUGUGUGAAAAAGAGGCGAAUAUUGCUUUAAUGGAAUUAACAGCGCCAAAGAAUGCAGCUUCUAAUCAAGCUCUUGAUAAAUUACGCACUGAACGUGAUCAAUUACAAAUACAACAAAAGCAGUUGAGUAAUACUCGUGCCAUGUUAAUGGAAGAGAAAAUGUCACAUCAUUGA